CGUCACCAUAAAUAGCUAAAGCUAGCCAGUGGUUCAGGGAGAAGAAGAAAAGAGCUGCAAGCGGAAGAAGUACCGGAUUUUGUUUCCGACAGUAUUCGGUCUAUGGUCUUGGGUUAUUAUUAUUGUUUUUUAAAUAUCUGUAUUUUUAACACAUUUUGAAUUAUGUCGACACCGGCAAGGAGACGGCUCAUGCGAGAUUUUAAAAGACUUCAAGAAGAUCCUCCUACCGGUGUGAGCGGAGCGCCAUCAGAGAACAACAUCAUGCUUUGGAACGCUGUUAUUUUUGGGCCUGUGGGAACACCAUUUGAAGAUGGAACAUUUAAGCUUCUGAUAGAGUUUUCUGAGGAGUACCCAAACAAGCCUCCCACGGUUCGGUUUGUCUCCAGAAUGUUUCACCCAAAUGUUUACGCAGAUGGCAGUAUAUGUUUAGACAUACUUCAGAAUCGCUGGAGCCCCACAUACGAUGUGUCGUCCAUACUCACCUCCAUCCAGUCAUUGCUGGACGAGCCAAACCCCAACAGCCCAGCCAACAGUCAGGCCGCACAGCUCUAUCAGGAAAACAAGAGAGAGUACGAGAAGAGGGUGACGGCCAUCGUGGAGCAGAGCUGGGUGGAUGUCUGAGCUCCUCUUGCUCUCUGCUCUUCUCUCCAUCACCCACUCUUCACCAUCCAAGUACUUCAGUCUCUCAUUUUUACCUCAUCGAGAAAAAAAAUCAAGAAAAAAGAAAACACAGCAACUAUAUCAGAAGAACUUAAGUGCCACACUGGGGGGGGGGUGCAAGAACAACCAAACCAGAAUGGACAUUACCUUGCUUGCCAAUGCAUUUUAGGGAAACAGGAGAGGGGAAAUCAAUCUUGUAUUUGUUCCCUGUCUUUACUUUUAUUUUAUUUUUUUAUUGCAUGAUGUGACAUAAGUUAUUGCUAACAGAAUUUGUAAUAUAUCUCUGGUUGGAAUGAUGCUGUUUGUGUUUCACAGACUCCUUCCCAUCCCCCCCUCUUUUUUUUUUUUUUUUUGUAUCCACAACUUGGCUAAGAAAGGGGCACAUCAAUGACUGAAUCAUUAUUUUGAAAGUCGUGGGAAAAGCCAAAAUCGGUAGCAUCAUCACCAUCAUCGUCAUCUUUGAAGUCUACAGCAGAUUCAGCUGAUAAAGAGCAGUCCCUGAUCUCUUCCAGCAUAUCUCUGUUUAUUUUAAGAGAUGCUGUAGGUUUGGGCUCGCAGACGUCACAGGCUGCAGCAGUGCCAAGUCUCCCUUGCACUGAUGAAUCAUGACUGGCAAUCUCUGAGCUUUUCUUUUAAUCAUUUCUGCUCGCGGGUAGAAGAAGGUUGUUUGAGAGGGUUAUGAGAAAGUGAAUAUUAACACGAAAAACUUGGACUGAGGCUCUGCAGUCCCCGACAGUUUCAUUCUUUGGUAUAUUAGAAACCGCAUAUAAUGCUAUAAUCAAAAUAUAUGUAGGGCCUGAUGGCCCUUAGCCAGCGAGUUCAGAUGUGGGUGGUGUCGCUGUAUCAUUCGAUGUGGGGGGGAUGGGGACAGAAUUGGCAUUGCUGGAGCUACUCUGCUUCUACAUCGUGUGUUUCUUUAGUCUGCUUUUUUCUAUUUAUUGAACCUUUUUACUGUUUGCAGUCAAACUGUUCUCCUCUUGGUUUUCUCAUUUAGUUUGUCAAAGAAAGUAAAUGACUUCUGAAUGCUUUGUCGCCUGUGACAUGUGUCAGCCUGAACACAGUCGGUGCUUUUGUUCUUUCUCUUAAAAAUGACACAGCUGACAUCUGAAUUAGCAAAUAAGCAGAGAAUGAAAGCUUCAUACGUUUUUUUUUUUUUCCCCCUAUAAUUUUUGGGCACUUUAUAAGAGAAUUGAUUGGAUAAGAACAAACUGCUGCAAAGAUCAUAAAGCCUGUUCCAAGAGUGUGAUGUCAACUGUUUUCCUAAGGGCUCAAGUUGUUUUCAUUCCUGCUUUUUGCCCACCGUUUUAUUUGCUCUUAUUCCCCCAUUUAAAAACGCCAUCCCUCGAGUGUAAAUUACUCACUUAACCUGCCCGACUCCAGCUAAGUAAUCAGUCAUCAUAAACCAGAAUUCCUCUUUUCCUUGAUAAUAAAGGUUAUAUUGUGGCUUGUGACUUAUCUCACCCAAUAAGCAGAAGGGAUAUGUUAUAAAAAACAAUUUUGUGAAAUAAACAUAAUGUAUACUUAACGAUAUGCUGUAUAAACAUAAUAAAAAAAACACAUUUUUCA